AUGCUUCAGCUUUGGAAACUUGUUCUCUUGUGUGGCCUGCUCACUGGAACCUCAGCGUCCCUUCUUGGAAAUCUUGGCAAUGACCUGAGUAAUGUUGUGAACAAGCUGAAACCCGUUGUGGAGAAAGGACUUGAGACCGUUGACAAUACAAUUGAAUCUUUCGUUCAGAAACUGAAGGCUGACUUAGGGGUGCUUCAGGAAUCUAACGCUGAGGAACUGGAAGCUCUUUCUACCACCACUUCAAUUAACGGGAAUUUUGGCAUUCUGAAUAUCAAAAUUGAACUGACUCCUGACGGCGAAGGUGUUACCAUAAGGGUCCCUGUCACCGCUAAUGUCACCUUGGCACUCAAGGACCAUUGCCUCUCACUGGCCAACCUGAAGGCUUCUUUGAACCUCCUGACUGACAUCAGACUUGAAACCGAUGCCCAGACUGGCCUCCCCAAAGUGGUCGUUGGACAAUGCCGCAGCGACUCAGACACCAUCUCAAUCACCUUGCUGGAUGG